CGCCGCUCUGCUGUUGUGGAUUCAGAGCAGGCAGUUGGCAGUUUCAGUUGUAUUUGACACGUCACUUUUCUAAGUCAGGCAGUUGUAACCGUUGCAGGAUGUGUCAAGCGGAUCCACAAGAACCAGUCAAAGUUGAAAAAUGGGACGGCGCAGCUGUACGCAACGCUCUCGACGAUGAAAUUCGUCAAAUUCUGACCAAGGAAUACAAAUAUGAAGAGAAUUUCCAAUUGCCCGAUGGACGUCUAUUCAUCUCACUGCUCGCGGUCGGUGCCGCCGGAUGGGCUCUACUCUGGGAUUGGUGGCAUCCGUUCCCCGCAUCGAGAGAGGUGCUUGUUCUCUGCGUCGUCUCCUACUUCCUCCUCAUGGGCGCCCUAACCCUGUACACGAAGUUCAUCGAGAAGGGUGUAUUUGUUGUUGCGAAGAAAAAGGAUGAAGUCGGCUUGGAACCCGCCAAAGUAUUCAAAGCCCGAUCCCAGCUCGAGCGAUUUGAUGACAUUUACAAGCUCGAACUCUCGAUGCACACCGAAGGCGACAAAUCAAAGAAAUCGGCAAGAGUCUGCUUGGAAAAAUCCAUCGCGUCCUGGUUCGAUAGUGAGGGCACGCUCCGCAAAGAUCUCCUCCGAAAGGACGUGGAUAAACUUCAUAGGAGUGUACAAGACGCAUCCUCGAAGAAGUCCUAGUGGAGAUAUCGCAGCAUAUCUCCUUCGUUCCCAAUUUCCGCGUUCAACAUUUGGAAAUCUCGGGCUCCAUUCUUCGAACCUUCUACGAAGCUGUCGAAUCAUCUCUGUAUAUAAUCACGGAAAAUAAAUUUUAUGAGACCACUAUAUCCAAUGCCAACU